CACUGGGCUAUAACUAACCUAAAGUGAUUAAUAUUUAUUCUGAUCUUCAGACGUUUUAAUAGCAGUUCUAAUUUGUCGCGACAACUAGCGCAGUAUCAAAUACGAUUUCACACCAGAAAGAUGAGUUUCAAGAAUAAAGUUGUGAUAGUGACGGGCGCUAGUUCCGGUAUAGGAGCUGCGGCUGCGAUCGCGUUCAGCGCUGAUGGAGCGCGCGUUGUCUUGGUUGGCCGUGACAAUACCAAGCUCAAAGCGGUGGCCGCGAAAUGCUCCAAACCACACGUGAUCCUCGCCGAUGUUUCCAAAGAUGACAACGCUAAACGUAUCAUUGACGAAACUAUAAAAAAAUUCGGCCAACUGAACGUACUGGUCAACAAUGCCGGUUUUUCGAACGUGACUGGCUCUCUUCUUGAAGGAGACAUGAUGAAAUCCUACGACUCAAUUAUGAGCGUAAACGUUCGCGCCGUUGUUUAUUUGACCAACUUGGCUGCGCCGCAUCUGAUCAAGACUAAGGGGAACAUUGUCAAUAUUUCCAGUGUUACUGCUCAUUUGCCACCAUUCACACCGACUUCGAUAAACUACGCGGUUUCUAAAGCCGCUUUGAACCACUUCACUGUAUGUGCUGCUACAGAAUUGGCACCGCAAGGUGUAAGAGUGAAUGGCAUCUGCCCGGGACCGGUCAGAACCGACUUUUUAGUGAACGCUAAAUACCCUACCACAUGGGAUGAUGUAGUGAACGUUACACUGCUUGGUAGAAUCAGUGAGGCGAAUGAAAUAGCAGAUUUGAUAAUGUACCUGGCGAGUGAUAAAGCCAAGUCGAUCACUGGAUCCAAUCACACCAUAGACUGCGGCACGACGCUUAAACGCAAGUAGUUAAAGUACGUCAAAAACUAAAACUUGUAUUUUGGUAUCAUAAUUUGAUGAAUAUUUAAAUUUAUGGUUUAAAUAAUGUAACAAAUUCACCGCUAAUAACUGGAAUGUAUCAUUUUCA